UGCGGCCCCGCCCGGCCCGCCGAGGUGUGCUUCCGCUUCCGGGCGGGUGCCGCGGCUGCUUCCGGAGCGGAGCGGGCGGCGGGCGGCGGCGGCGCCAUGGCUCGCAACGCGGAGAAGGCCAUGACGGCCUUGGCAAGAUUCCGUCAAGCUCAGCUUGAGGAAGGAAAAGUUAAGGAGCGAAGACCUUUCCUUGCAUCAGAGUGUAAUGAGUUGCCUAAAGCUGAGAAAUGGAGGCGACAGAUCAUUGGCGAAAUUUCCAAGAAAGUGGCACAGAUUCAAAAUGCUGGGUUGGGCGAAUUCAGAAUUCGGGACCUGAAUGAUGAAAUAAACAAACUUCUGAGGGAAAAAGGACACUGGGAAGUCAGAAUAAGGGAGCUAGGAGGUCCUGACUAUGCUAGGAUUGGACCAAGAAUGUUAGAUCAUGAAGGGAAAGAAGUUCCAGGAAACAGAGGUUACAAGUACUUUGGAGCUGCAAAGGAUUUACCAGGAGUUAGAGAGCUUUUUGAAAAGGAGCCCCUUCCACCACCCCGCAAAACUCGAGCCGAGCUUAUGAAAUCCAUUGAUGCCGAAUACUAUGGCUACAGAGAUGAAGAUGACGGUAUUCUGGAGCCACUGGAACAAGAACACGAAAAGAAAGUUAUAGCAGAAGCAGUGGAAAAAUGGAAAAUGGAGAGAGAGGCACGACUUGCGAGAGGUGAUGAGGAGGAGGAUGAGGAAGUAAAUAUCUAUGCUGUCAAUGAAGAUGAGUCUGAUGAGGAAAGUGGCAAGGAAAAAGAAGGUGAAGAAGGCCAACAGAAAUUUAUUGCACAUGUUCCAGUGCCAACUCAGCAGGAGAUUGAGGAAGCUCUUGUACGGCGAAAGAAGAUGGAGCUUCUUCAGAAGUAUGCUAGUGAAACUCUCAUGGCACAGAGUGAAGAAGCAAAAAGACUUUUAGGAUUAUAAUGCUGCAUGAGUAUGUCCUGGUUUUAUAUAAUCCAUCCUAAAGCACCAGUUUGAUAUAUUCUGACAGCAGUCACUUUUAGCUCUGAAAGUCCCUGUGAAUGUUAAGAGUAAGUUGUAAUCAAGUUAGUGUACUCUGCAAAAGGAAGAACACUCUUUUGGUCAAUCUGCUAAGAUGACUUGCACUUCGGUGCUGUGAAAGAUCAAGCCUAGAUUAGCAUGGCUUCUACAUCUCCAGUAACAGUCUUCAGUCAUUUCACUUUGUGAAACACUCUGCGGCAGUGCAUCUUACAGAUAAACCAGCAAACCAAAUGACUACUUUCAUUUUCAUUACUGACUGACUAUCGCUAGAGAAAUCUAACUGAUGUUACUGCCGGUCUGUCUCCUGUAUCCGUGCUGUAUGUAAACAUAUUUCUCAUGUUGAGUUUAGCUGACCUGAGUCCAAAAGUAACUUACUCUGUUGUGCCUGGUUAGUUUACCACAAUAGCUCAGAACCUGCUUAGAGAGAGCUUGAUGGCAGAUCUUGAAUGUUUUUGAAGUUGAUUUGCGUCUUUAUAUAACACAUGCAGUAUUGUCCAAAAGCUGUUACCAUUUUUAUGGUUUGGAGCCGUGUGUAUGGACUGUUCAAAUGCUGGAUAUUCUAGCAGCUAGUGUAAAUACUUUCAUCUUUGCAAUACCUUGUUCAAAUAUUUUUAUUAAAUUUUAUACACACUAA